GUAUAAAGCAUGCGAUCGACUGCAGUUUGUCAUCAGUAGCAGGUCUUGACAGAGGAGAACAUUACCCAGCUCUCACUGCGCUCCACUGAAGACAUGAAGUCUCUGAUUUGCUUCGCUGCUACCAUGCUGGUGGCCUCUGCUGCCGUUCGAAGGCCUCUUGGCCUGAGCCAGGACGGCACCUACUGGCCUGACAGGGCCCAGGGUGAGAGGCGUCCUCUUGGUCUGAGCCAGGACGGCACCUACUGGCCCGAGAAGGCCCAGGAUGGGAGGCGUCCUCUUGGUCUGAGCCAAGACGGCACCUACUGGCCCGAGAAGGCCCAGGGUGAGAGGCGUCCUCUUGGUCUGAGCCAGGACGGCACCUACUGGCCCGAGAAGGCCCAGGGUGAGAGGCGUCCUCUUGGUCUGAGCCAGGACGGCACCUACUGGCCUGAGAAGGCCCAGGCUGAGAGGCGUCUUCUUGGCCUGAGCCAGGACGGCACCUACUGGCCCGAGAAGGCCCAGGGUGGGAGGCGUCCUCUUGGUCUGAGCCAAGACGGCACCUACUGGCCCGAGAAGGCCCAGGGUGAGAGGCGUCCUCUUGGUCUGAGCCAGGACGGCACCUACUGGCCCGAGAAGGCCCAGGGUGAGAGGCGUCCUCUUGGUCUGAGCCAGGACGGCACCUACUGGCCUGAGAAGGCCCAGGGUGAGAGGCGUCUUCUUGGCCUGAGCCAGGACGGCACCUACUGGCCUGAAAGGGCCCAGGGUGAGAGGCGUCUUCUUGGUCUGAGCCAGGACGGCACCUACUGGCCCAAGAAGGCCCAGGGUGAGAGGCGUCCUCUUGGUCUGAGUCGAGACGGCACCUACUGGCCUGAGAGGGCCCAGGGUGAGAGGCGUCUUCUUGGUCUGAGCCAGGACGGCACUUACUGGCCCGAGAAGGCCCAGCCCCAGGGCGAAAGGCGCCCUCUUGGCCUGAGCCAGGACGGCACCUACUGGCCCGAGAAGGCCCAGGGUGAGAGGCAUCUCUUUGGUCUCGUUCGUUCUGACGAUGACACAGAUGCCCGAUUUGCGGCCGUUAUUGAGGACAACCAGAACGGCUUCCAUGGCUUCGGCAUGUCCAGCAACCCGGCCUCCGAAGCUGACAGCCCGCAGUAGAGGACCUGGCUUACGCUGCAGCACUCCAGCUGAGCGUUGAACUGAUGUCAAAAGGCGUUCUUUGAAGACGUUUAAACAUAUGUCAACAUUAACCAGCUUAUACUGCCAGAGUCAAAAGUAUAUGAGCGAUAGUCCGCAACUGUACAGAGCAGCGUGAUUUUAUGUGAUUGUAAACGCUUCAUGUGCCUGUGUCCCCUGAACUUUUAAUGCCUUGUAGUGAGUAUGUUUCUAGGAGUGGUGUUCUUAUUAUAUAUUUAUUGGAAUGCUUCGCUGCUUGUCUAGUAUGCUGUGAGCUGUACGGAUUUUGCAUUAUUGCCACAUUUAUUGUCAGUUUUUAAUAAAAAAAUUAAUCGUUAAAUGAUAAACUGACUGAAGGAAAGGGAGCACGACGGCAAUGUCCUAGUUUCUAAGUUGACAUGAUUACGUUAUCGGUCACUUAUUCAUGGUUUUGAUCGUUUUUCUACCACGUUCCACAUAAUACACGUGCUUAUCAGUCGGCAAUAGUAUUUUGGAAUAAAUAUGGGAGGCAUUUUUCAUUUAGUAUGACCCAC